GUCGCAGUUGCCUGUGUUAUCUUGAAGAUUGCCAUUUGAUUGGAUGAGCGCAGUCAUUCUAGGCAACAAUACACUCUAGCGAGUUCAGACACCAGCAUCUGACAUCUCGCAAAUCACGAUAAUCUUUCUAGGUCUCACAUCGACAACGAGUGUUUCUUCGUGGUGAUUCGAAUUUCUUUGUCAACCUCAAAUCCAGAUACUCCGGUCGUCGAGUUUUGAGUAUUCUACCGAGAGCACGGCCUGAUUCCUGGAUAGUCAUACUUUACAGGAAGUCAUGCUCUGUAAAUUCUGCACCGAGCUUGAUUUCGAAAGUCCAUGUUCUUUGUCCACCGACGUCGAUAUAUUACUGGAAUCUGCCAACAAAGGAUGCGAGGGUUGUAAUGUUUUCUUGGAUGCAUAUAAACGCUUCUUUGAGAACUGGUCGCAGCAUAAUAACAUCUCCCCUCCACUCAACGCUCUCGACUUUCUCGCCAAAGUCCCUCUGCAUACUCCAGUCGAAGUUGUGCAACAAAGUAGUUGUUACGUGCACAUAAGCCUCCCGGAACCCUUGAUCCAGUAUAAUCCCAAUAUGCCACCGGUCACUUUGUUGUCAAGAUUGUGCAGUGUAUCUGGCGCUGAAUCAACUCGAUCGAUCACCGCUGACGGCAGAAGCGUUAAAUUCCCACUCUCAAGAAUCAUAUCACCAAACUCUGGAGACGAGGCCUGUUUUAAUUCGGCGCAGGAAUGGUUCAAACAAUGUAUACACCAACAUGGUGGAUCAUGCACCUUGCCAGUUGAUGCUGCGUUACCGUCAAGACUGAUACACAUUCCAACAGCGUCAUCUGAGCUAUUGCGUCUCUGUAACACUAAAGAUAAGAGAGGUCAAUAUGUUGCACUAAGCUACUGUUGGGGGAAAGGUAACACCUUCCACACUACAAUGUCAACGCUCCAGGACAGACUUAUAGGAUUCUCUAUUGACUCGUUACCAAAAACUCUGAGAGACGCAGUUUACAUCGCUCGGCGUAUGGGCUUUGAGUGGAUAUGGGUCGAUGCACUGUGUAUUCUUCAGGGAGAUAUAGAGGACUGGAAUCGGGAGUCUGCUCUCAUGGCGAGUGUCUACGGAAACGCGGCGUUCACUAUUUCCGCUGAUCUCGCCACUGACACGGAUCACGGCAUUCUUGGACCUCGCGACAUUCUACUCUCUCACAGGUUCGGCAAACAACAUGACUUUUGUCUUCAGUUUGACGACACUGAAUUUGGGAAGGAGAUAGUUCCCAGAACACCACUUAGUACCCGUGGUUGGGCAUAUCAGGAACGACUUCUGUCUCCACGUAUCUUGCAUUACUUUAGUCGUGAGAUCGUGUGGGAGUGUAAUACAGGUCGUUUUUCUGAAACCCACGUCAAGUCGGACUACCAUUGGAUGACGGGCAGCGUUUUGGACAAAGCCGUGUACGCGCGGGGUCUAAACAGUGUCCCGGUGAACUGCGAUAAUUCGGAGGCCAAUGCCCGAAUCGAAAUCUGGAACCAGAUUGCAGAAGAUGUCGCUCAACGAGAUUUCACUGUUGAGACUGACAAGUUGCCUGGUGUCUCUAGUCUUGCCACAGCACAUGCAAUUCCUGCGCUAGGCCGUUAUAUAGCUGGCACCUGGGAGUACAAUCCAUUCCUGUCCAUGCUCUGGAGUCCGGGAAAGCCACAACCGUUGUCAAAUCGUAUCCACCAAGCGCCGUCUUGGAGCUGGGCCUGGGUCAAGGGGCCGUUACACUGGUUCAAGAAAAACGUAUUCUACCUGAUAAAAGUAGAAGAUGAGUACCACGAAUGGUACACAAAAUUCAAACCCAAACUUUUGAGUUGGCAUAUCGUUCCUCAAGGAUCGGACCCAAAAGGACGAGUCAUGGAAGGCGGCUACCUUGUCAUGAGCGGAUGGUGCAGGGAAGUAUAUGUAGCAGAGAACGAGGAAAUGAUGUUUUACUACAGCCAUAGGCAUGGUUGCGUUCAGAUGGAUCACCGAGGCUCAGACUUUGUACGGAAGAUAUUUUUCGAUGAAGAUCUUGUCAAUGCAUCCGACUCCUUUGACAAAAAAGCGGCGGAAAAAUAUUUGUGUGUCCAGAUAUCAGAGCCUGGGUGGACAUUGUAUGGUUUCUGUGUACAUGCAUUGGUACUACAGCGUGUCGAUGGCGAGGAAGAAGCAUUCACAAGAGUUGGAAUACAUCAUUUCCAUCCUAAGGGACACGAAAGUGGAUGGGAAAGAAGAUUGUUGAAGUUGUAUUAAAUAAACACAGUCGAGCGAGAUGUCGCCUCGACUGCCACUCUCAUAUUCUUCAACAUCUCUCUCUGCCUCGGCUGUCGCAUCCCCACUCUUCCUAUCCUUUCUCGUCUCGCCACCUUUCAGAUCAGCUACACUACCACUUCAUAUACAAUGCAUCACCAGCUCUUCCAACUAGCGCUGUUUCCUGGUCUCAGCACAAGAAGAGAAAAGCAGUACAACGGGAGCUAAACAGGUGGCUCGACACAGAACUACCAACCACCGGGAUUCAAACUUAUGACUGAUCUGCGGAUGGAAGUCUUUUGUACCGGGGCUUAGUAUUCGCACCAAAAACGGCCUGAUAUGGUUGGGGAGUAGCAAUCUCGUCCUCUUUCA